CCAGCAUCCGACCUGAGGGGCAAAGGCAGACGCCCGCCCGGGAGCACCCUGAGCGGCAAAAGCCGGCGCCCGCAGGCACCAUGAGCGGCCGCGUCGGGGACCUGAGCCCCCAGCAGCAGGAGGCCCUGGCCCGGUUCCAGGACAACCUCCAGGACCUGCUGCCCACCAUGCCCAAGGCCGAUGACCACUUCCUUCUGCGCUGGCUGCGAGCUCAGAACUUUGACCCGAAGAAAGCCGAGGACAUGCUCCGGAAGCACAUCGAGUUCCGGAAGCAACACGACCUGGACCACAUCCUCACGUGGCAGCCCUCAGAGGUGAUCCAGCGGUACGACUCGGGCGGCCUGUGUGGCUACGACUACGAUGGCUGCCCCGUGUGGUUCGACAUCAUCGGGAACCUGGACCCCAAGGGUCUCCUCCUGUCCGCCUCCAAGCAGGAGCUGAUCCGGAAACGCAUCAAGGUCUGUGAGCGGCUUUUGCAGGAGUGUGAGCUGCAGAGUCAGAAGCUGGGCAGGAAGAUCGAGACGGUGCUGAUGGUGUUUGACAUGGAGGGGCUGAGCCUGAAACACCUGUGGAAGCCAGCUGUGGAGGUCUACCAGCAGUUUUUCGCCAUCAUGGAAGCCAAUUAUCCUGAGACACUGAAGAAUUUAAUUAUUGUUCGAGCCCCCAAGCUGUUCCCUGUGGCCUUCAACUUGGUCAAGUCGUUCAUGAGUGAGGAGACUCGACGGAAGAUAGUGAUUCUGGGAGGCAACUGGAAGCAAGAGCUGCCAAAGUUCAUCAGCCCCGACCAGCUCCCUGUGGAGUUUGGGGGGACCGCGACCGACCCCGAUGGCAACCCCAAGUGCCUGACCAAGAUCAACUACGGAGGCGAAGUGCCCAAGAGCUACUACCAGCACAACCAGGUGAGGGUGCAGUACGAGCACACGGCGACCGUGGGCCGCGGCUCCUCCCUGCAGGUGGAGCUGGAGAUUCUGUUCCCGGGCUGUGUGCUCAGGUGGCAGUUUGAAUCAGACGGGGCGGACAUCGGCUUCGGGGUUUUCCUGAAGACCAGGAAGGGGGAGCGGCAGCGGGUAGGGGAGAUGGCGGAGGUGCUGCCCAGCGAGCGCUACAACGCCCACCUGGUGCCCGAGGACGGGAGCCUCACCUGCCUCCAGGCCGGCGUCUACGUCCUGCGCUUCGACAACACCUACAGCCUGGUGCACGCCAAGAAGCAAGGGGACGCCCAGUGUGUAGACCACCCUGAGGAUUCCGACGGGCGUCUUAUCUCCUGUCUGCAAAGGAUGGGGAUGGGAACCCGAGGACGAACCGGCAUCCACUGAGGAAGGACCCUGACAACGCCCACCUGUCCCGGGAUCACGCACACCCGGCGCCCGGGCUGGGCGUCCUGAGCCCCCGGCCUCGCCGGGAGCACAGCUUCAGGCCCGAAGCGCAGGGAGGCCGCGUCCUCUGCAGGAAGGGGCUCGGCGGGGACGGGCAGGGCCAGCUGGAGGCUUGAGAGUCUGCACAGGAGCUCUGACGCUCUGAGAAGCAGACCAGCUAGAUGACACCAAACGCCAGCGCCCGUGCGUGAGGCGCGCCCCGUCUGCCAGGGCGUGUGAGCGGUUUGGUAAGAAAGGAGACGGCUGUGCCAGCAUCGGGGAGAUGGCCCGGGGCUGGCUGCCAGGCGGAAGCCGCAGGACAGCGUGUCCCAGGGCUGCUCCCACGCCUCCGAGCGGGCUUUCCCACCACCUGGCGGCCCUACGGGGUCACCCUCCGUAGAGCCUCCCAGAUGCAGCCACGGGCCCCUCGGGCAUCCCAGAGCCAUUCCCACUGCCCUUGGCAGGCUAGGGAGGGCCCCCUGACCGGGGUUGGAGGGACCCUUUGCCAGGUUUUGCUGGGCCCGCCUGUUGCUAUGACAGAGGCUCACAAGAGGUGACUUCCACCUUCACAAUCCCCCCGCCUAAAAGCAAGGAAGGGGUUUAGCCCGGCCGCGGUGGCUCAGUGGUUGAGCAUUGACCUAGGAACCAGGAGGUCACGGUUCCAUUCCCAGUCAGGGCACAGGCCUGGGUUGGGGGCUCGAUCCCCAGUGUGGGGCAUGCAGGAGGCAGCCCAUCCUUGAUUCUCUCUCAUCCUGGAUGUUUCUCUCUCUCU